GAGUAAUCUUUACGCGUCACACAAACAUAUCCUAUGAAUCAAGCUCGUUUUCCUUCUCUUGCGCCUAGUUCUUCACUCGAUUCACUUUCUUCCCCAUGUCAAUUGUCAAAGUACUCUUCACAAACUCAGUAGCUAGCCACAGAUCAUCCUGCUUCCACUUCUAAUGCCAUGGCGGCCGCAGCCGCAGCCGCAGCCGCUAACACAUCCGUAUCAACUAAUCAUCACCGUUUUCGCCAUCAAAAUCCCUCCUUUCGCCGUUUCUCCACCAUCCCAUGCUCUUCUCAUCCCUCCAAUACCCUAGCCAACGCUGUUGUUGCCGAUCCUACCCCCGUCUUCCGCUCCGUGAAAUCCUUCGCUCCUGCCACCGUUGCCAACCUCGGACCCGGCUUUGACUUCCUAGGCUGCGCCGUCGAUGGGCUUGGCGACACCGUAACCCUCUCUGUUGACCCCUCCAUACCCCCCGGCACCCUCUCAAUCUCCUCCAUCACCUCCAACAACACCGCCGCCGCCAUUUCCAAACUCACCCGAAACCCUGAUUCCAACUGCGCCGGGAUCGCCGCUGCCGCCGCAAUGCGCAUGCUCGACAUCCGCUCCGUCGGUCUCUCUCUCCACCUCCAUAAGGGUCUUCCCCUCGGCAGCGGCCUCGGCUCCAGCGCCGCCAGUGCUGCUGCCGCCGCCGUCGCUGUUAACGCACUCUUCGGAGGCCACCUUCCCCCUACAGAUCUCGUACUUGCUGGACUCGAAUCUGAGGAGAAGGUCAGUGGAUACCAUGCAGACAAUGUCGCCCCAUCGCUCAUGGGCGGGUUUGUUCUGAUCCGGAGCUACGAACCGCUGGAUUUAAUUAGAUUGGAGUUCCCCAUGGAUAAAGAGUUGUUCUUUGUUCUUGUAAGCCCUGAAUUCGAAGCACCAACGAAGAAGAUGAGGGCGGCAUUGCCGGAAAUGGUGAAUAGAAAGGAUCAUGUGGCGAAUUCAAGCCAGGCUGCGGCGCUUGUGGCUUCUAUACUUCAGGGCAAUGUUAGGGUUUUGGGAUCGGCAUUGUCAUCCGAUGGAAUUGUGGAGCCAAAGAGGGCUCCUUUAAUUCCUGGUAUGAUUGAUGUGAAGAAGGCAGCAAUGGAGGCUGGUGCCUUUGGGUGCACUAUAAGUGGGUCUGGGCCUACUGUGGUGGCUAUUGUUGAUGACGAAGAGAACGGGAAGGAGGUUGGGAAGACGAUGGUGGAGGCAUUCUUCAUUGGAGGUGGUUUGAAGGCUGGUGCGGUGGUGGCGAGGCUUGACAGAGUAGGGGCAAGGGUGAUCAAUAGCUUUGCAGAUUGAAGAUAAGGAUUCUCAGGUUCAUCUCAUCGACUGUUUUGAGACCUUCCGCAAUUGACUGGCUAAAUUUUGUGGUACUUAUUCGUUGUGUGUGUAGAAAUGCAGUCCUAUGCUAAUGCAAACAGAGAAGAAAUGCAGAGAUCAGAGAGAAAGAAGAGGAGUUUCCAAGCAGGCGGAGAAGGCUUGAGGUUGAAGCUGUAUUAAUAUGCAAGAUUAAGAAUCCUUUUGGGAUGAUUGAAGAAGCUGUAUGCAAAAUUAAUUGUAGAUUGUUGAAGGAUAAUUAAAGAUUUUGAAAACUGUUGUUGAUAUUAUAUGUUCUUUCUCUUCUAAAGAAGGAAGGCAACAAUAAAAUUCUUACAACUAUCACAUUUUAGC